GCAGCAGCUCACAAGCUCAUGAGGAGCCCGUCUGUGAAAGGACAUUUAUCACCAUUGUAUGUGACCGGGGAAAAAAAGAAGAUGGAUAGCAGAUGUCAUUGUUCGACCAACAAUGAUAGGGUUUUGAAUCCCAUCCUCUACAACAUCCUGAGCCAAAUGGACAGCAGGAAGCCGAGCCAAGACUGCCUCAACUACAGCUCAGUGCCUCACAGGUGCAACUGUGAGGUGCGACGGACACUAUGCUUGGAAAGUCCAAGUGAGAUCUGCAAAGAAGCCUCGGCGGUUCUGGUCAAAACCGUCCACUUCAUGAAGAGCCUGCCUGCCUUCAACCAACUGCCACCGGGGGACCAGUUUGCCCUGCUGAAAAGCUGCUGGGCUCCCCUCUUUAUUCUGGGUCUGGCUCAAGAACGGGUGGACUUUGAGGUCACGGACGUUCCUGCAGACAGCAUGCUGAAAAAGAUCCUUCUGAACCGCCAGGAGAGCCUCGAGGCUGAAAGGGAGCAGCCCACUGUGGCAGGCGUCAGCAAGCUCAAGUCUUGCCUCAAAAAGUUUUGGAGUUUGGAUUUAAGCCCAAAGGAGUAUGCAUACCUGAAGGGAACCACGAUAUUCAAUCCAGAUGUUCCAGAAUUAAAGGCUGGAUUGUUUGUGGAGGGCUUGCAGCAGGAGGCUCAGCAUGCUCUGAGGGAGGUGGUGAAGCUCCUCCACCCGGGUCACGAGGAGCGCUUCGCACGAAUUCUGCUCACAGCUUCCAUGCUGCAGGGAAUCACACCCACCCUCGUCACUGAGCUCUUCUUCCGGCCUGUCAUAGGCCAGGCUGACCUGCUGGAGCUGCUGGUUGACAUGCUCUUUUACAGAUAAGAGCUGUGGACCUCAGCUGAGGGACUUCAAACCACAUAGCUGGGAAAGAAAUGUCAGGCGGCCGCUGUGAAGCAGAUUAUGAAACCACACGGAAAAAUGUAGAUUUGAUGAACUAUGAUUUGCUCACAUUCAUGCAAAGCUGAGGUCACUUUAUCUGUGUCAACAGAUUUCCUUCACUUAAGUAGGAAAAGAUGAUUUUCACACUUUAUUAUUAGAAUACUUGAUUUUGUCCGUCUUUUCUGUUAUUUCAUUGUUGUAAAUACAUGUCUUUUGCUUUUACAGAAUAAAUAUAUUUUUGUACACAAAUGUCACAAACAAUUUUAGCUCUCGACUCACACCACAGUCACACUAAAUCUGGCACAUCCAACUCACAUGUUGCUAAACUCAGAUUGAGAAAUAAUUAAGGCAAAUUUCUUGGGGUUGAACACGGAAAUGUGUCACACAGGAAUAUUUCUUGGUGUUUUUUUUAAUUAAGAUGCUUUGUCUCCCCCUAUUGGAAAACACGUCCACAAGCAAAUAAAAAAAAAAGAUCCUCAUUCACAUUAAAAGCUCAUUUUUAAAUCUUUUGAAACGAAAGCAUUGCUGACAAAUAAAAGGUCAACAAAAGCAGUAUUGUCUGAGCAAACUGCACGUAAAAAUCCCCACAGUAGAAGCUGUGCACAUUCAUCCAUUCUGUGGUAUGAUGGUUGUGAAACAGUCUCUCUUGACUUGACACCUCAUACAGGUAAAACAGGAAUGCUGCUGGUGGGGGCAGUGAGCCAGGGGAAGUGGGGUAACAGCAAAACAAAAAAAAAAAAAUCAACAAAAAAAGAAGUUUCAACGUCUUCUUAACUCUUUUUUUUGUAUUUUUCGGUCUUUUAGUUAAGGUCGUGACGUUUUAAGAAUGUGAAAAGGGCUUUUUUAUGUCAAAGUUGAAAUUUUUUCGGUAGUUUCCAAACCCCGAGGCUCAAACGGAACCAGAA